AUGAACUCCGACCCGCCAAUCAAUCCAGAAAAUUGUAGCCCGGAGAGCGCUCCAUUGAACAAUAACGGCGCUACACUUCUAGAAAGACCACGCAAAAACAAACCACGGAGAGUGCUCGCAGAAGAAAGGAAACGUGCGGCUCGCGCAUGCGAUCGAUGUCGAAAGCUGAAAGAAAAGUGCGAGGGAGGCGUACCCUGUCGACGAUGUCUAUACUAUUCAAAUACUUGCGAAUUUAACCGUGCUGGUCCACAAGAACAGGAUGAUUCACCGCGUGCUAUAAGGUGUCCGGAUUUGAGUCUUGACACAGAAAGUCUCCAGCAGACGUAUGAGGUUCUCCGUAAAAAUGAAGCAACCUUGGUUGAUCCCAGAGAACCGGAGCUAGAAGAAGAUGAUGACGAUGAUGAUCUGAUCUCCCUUAACGAGGAAGUUUGCACAAUUGACCCGGUCCAGGAAAACGUUACACAUUAUUCUGGAGAGUUCUCCUAUUGGAAUUUCUCGAUGCGACUAAAACGAUACAUUGAUGAAAGGAUGUUCCAGCCUUCGCAGGGAUCAGAAGAAAUCUCGGGGUAUUGGAGAGCAGAAAAAGUACAGUCUGGUCUGAGCAACCUCUCUGCCAUCAUCUCCUGCUUUCCGCCUAGGCAUAUCGCUGAUUUUCUCACCGAUAUUUUUUUCAAAUAUGCUCAAACGAACUACUUCCUCGUUAACCAGAGCUGGUCACGUGGGAAACUCAAUAUUUUUUAUUUGGAGCCAGAGAAACUAUCGACAAAAGAUGCCCCGGCGAUCAGCAUUGUGCUUACCAUCUUUGCUAUCGGCACCCAAUACGUGUACUUGGAUUCGACUCGACGGAACCACCGACCGAAAGGCAGCCUCACAUUUUCCGAAGAUGAAGUGGGCAAAGCGUUCUACCAACAAGCGAUUAAGCUCCUUCCAGAAAUCAUCGAGCUGUCGUCACUCGAAAGUGUCCAAGCAUGCUUGCUAUUCGGAGUAUAUACACUCCCUUUAGAUGCUUCCGGUCUUGGAUACGUCUAUUUGAACCUUGCGAUUCGACUGGCAAUGCAAAAUGGGAUGCAUCGAAGGUACACCGGAAAUGUCCUUAGUGCUACUAUGAUUGAGACUAGAAAUCGCGUUUGGUGGAGCGCGUAUACUCUUGACAGAAAAAUCAACAUCUUUCAUGGCCGACCACUAUCUCUCUCUCGUAGCGACGUCGAGACAAAUCUUCCAACCGUGUCAGAGAACCAUGGAGAAAACCUCAGUUUUUCAAAUACUGUACACAUGGUCACGUCUAUUAGGCUUGUUCAUUAUCUGGAAGAGCUUCUACAACAUAUGACAUUGCUUCGCACCUCGACUAAACAGAAAAUACCCAGCACUCUAUCUCAUUUAAUAGACACUAAACGGGCACUAGCAACAUGGUGGCAAUCUCUUCCCAAGGCGAUUAUACGCCCUGAUAUAUCUCACGGUUUCUCGUCCUGGCGCGCUGCGAUGUACGUUCGCCUAGAAUACUGUCUAGUACGGCUGUUUGUAGGACGUCCAUUUCUCUUACAUGGCUCCUGCUCUCAGCCUCAUUCAGAAGCAUCUCCAGAAAGCGAAGAGAUGAACUGUACAGACGGGCCAUUAGAACCUAGAAAGAAACCGACAUCCCGGCGGCUGGAGUUAGUGAACGAUUGCGUUUCGGCCGCGCAAGAAGCUCUUGAUAUCUGUCGGUCGCUGAGAGAGAAUACCCCAGGACUAGCGCGAGCAUCCUACAUUGAAUACAGUUCUUGCCGGGCAUCUUUAUUAGUGCUGAUUGCAUGCUCUAUUCAAGAUGAAACUUGCCAGUUUUAUGACUUGCUACAAGAUGGCUUGGAUAUGAUCUGUGAGAUGUCGGCAGCGGGAGACUCCGCCCGAUCUGAAGUGUCUCUUAUAGAAUCUCUCGAACGUGCACUGUCGCAUCUGCAACCGGUAGACCUGCAGACGUCGAAUCACAAUACAGCAGCAGCCUCACAUAGACGAUAUGACUCGUUUAAAACUUGGGAGUCUAUGUGGCAGAUGAACAACAACAGCAAUAACAAUACUACAACUUCCUGUGAGAGCCACUAUAACAUGGUCGACUCAGGCCCGGCCGCUUUUCGUCCACCAGGGCAAUCAUUGACCCCAGCACACUUCCCUUCUCACCUCGACCAAAGUCUGCCUACAAGCUCGAUAUACGCCGAUAAUGAGAACAACCUUCCAGAUAGCCAAGUUCCGAUCCCGAAUCAUAGCGAGAUAGAGACCGUUGACCCUUUCAGCUCUAUGUAUUCCGGUAUCGACUUGGAUUUGUUCAGCGAAAGACAUAUUAAUCCAGCAACCUCUGGAUCUCUGCACCCUGAAUCCCAGCUUUUGGAGGAUCUUUUACGAGACUCGGGGUUUUGA